AGCUGCAUUGCUUCCUAUAAAUAGGGCUUAACUGGAAGCUUAUACCAUUACCAACUCAUUCUAAGCUUGGUAGCUAGCUUGAUCAAUCUGAUCACCCACAAUGGCUGUUAAAUGUAUACUUCUGUUUGGUGUCGUACUAGUGUCUUUCCUGCUUCUCUGCCAGGAUGGGGUAGAUGCUAGAGAGCUCACCGAAGCUAAACCUAAAGAAUUCGAGGAGAAGAAUAUGAAACCUGGGUAUGGAAACAAUGGGGGAGGAUACGGAAACAACGGAGGAUACGGAAACAAUGGCGGAGGAUAUGGAAACAACGGUGGUGGGUACCAGCAUGGUGGAGGAUACGGAAACAACGGUGGUGGGUACCAGCAUGGUGGAGGAUACAGAAACAAUGGUGGUGGGUAUGGUGGAGGAUCUGGAAACAAUGGUGGGUAUGGUGGAGGGUCUGGAAAUCCUGGAUAUGGCGGUGGCUAUGGCAAUCCUGGCUAUGGUGGCGGCAACAACGGUGGAUAUGGUAAUGGUGGUAGUGACCCAGGAAGUGGUGGCGGGUACGGCAAUCCUGGCUACGGUGGUGGCAACAAUGGUGGGUAUGGCAGUGGCUCUGGUGGAGGGUAUGGCUCUGGUGGCGGGUCUGGCGGGGGUGGAGGUUACGGUGGAGGAUCCGGUGGUGGUGGUGGCUAUCCUUGAGCAGGAUAUUGUGGAAGAGGUCUAAAUGGUGGAUGUCACCAAGGAACAACUAGACAUAUAUAUGUGUUUUAAAUAAAACAUGUCCAGUCCCCCAAAAACAUGCUUGAUGUGCUUGAAUAAAAAUUGCUCAUUAUGCUCGCAUAUACGAGCAAGGUACCUAUAAGAGCAAGAAAUCAGAAGGAUGCGUGAUAUGUCAAAUAGAUUCUUGAUAUUGUAGCACAUGUUGUAAGGGGUUCCAUAAAGGAAUAAUUGUCUAGUUUGUUUUCCUCUAGCUAGAUAAACCAUUUCAUUACCGUGUA